AUGGGUUGUGGCACUAGCAUUCCAACAGAUGAAGAAAAUGACCUCUUUUUGCAAGACAAACAAAUCAACGAUGCAAUAGAGCAAUCGUUAAAUUUAAACAAAGCUAAUUCCAAACAAGUUAUUAAACUAUUACUUUUAGGAGCAGGAGAAAGUGGAAAAUCGACGGUAUUGAAGCAAUUGAAAGUCCUACACAAGGGGGGCUUCACACACCAAGAAAGAAUGCAAUACGCCCAUAUAAUAUGGUGUGACGUGAUUCAAAGUAUGAAGAUUUUGAUUAUACAAGCUCGAAAAUUGAAAAUUCCCUUAAAUUGUGAUCAAGCUGAUAGUCCUUUGAUUCCUUAUAAGCAAUGUGUCUUGAGAAGCGAUGCAUUGACUCAAAUCGAUACUAGUGUUGCUGGUGGCCUUGAUUUUCUCAACGACUAUAUAUUAAAGUAUGACGAAAAGAGCAAGAUUAAAAGAAGAAUGGACAGUACGGGAAUUGUUGAGUUUAUGGGCAACUGUAGGGAUGAUGAAAAUGACGGUGUUGUGGAUUCAGAGACUAUGAAUGAAGCCUUGGCAAACCUGCCAUUGAUGGAGAAUGUAAAGUCUACAACUAAUGGAUCACAACAACAACAACAACAACAACAACAACAACAACAAAAACAACAACAACAACAAAAACAACAAAAACAAAAACAAUCUGGAUAUUCAAGAGAAGAAAUCGCAGAAGCAAUACAUAAUUUAUGGACAAGGGAUUCCGGAAUAAAGAAAUGCUUUGAAAGGUCAAAUGAAUUUCAAUUCGAGAGCAGCGCUGAAUAUUAUUUCAAUAAUGUAUUCAAUUUCGCUGAUCCUUAUUAUACUUGUUCCGAUUUGGAUAUUUUAAACGGGCGUAUUAAAACUACUGGUAUAACAGAGACAAAUUUCACCAUAAACUCUUUCCAAUUCAAGGUUCUCGAUGCAGGUGGACAAAGAAGCGAACGAAAGAAGUGGAUUCAUUGUUUCGACGACAUUACAGCUGUGCUCUUUGUUCUCGCGAUCAACGAAUACGAUCAAAUGUUGUUUGAAGAUGAAAGAGUCAAUAGAAUGCACGAAUCGAUCAUUUUAUUCGACCAGUUAUGCAAUUCGAGAUGGUUUGCCAAUACCCCGUUCAUCUUGUUCCUCAACAAGAUUGAUUUAUUUGAAAAGAAAAUCAAACGCAACCCAUUAAGGAAAUAUUUUCCUGAUUAUACGGGUAAAAGUGAUGAUGCUAACGAAGCUAUCAAGUUUUUUGAAACUAAUUUUUUAAAAAUGAAUCGAACAAAUAAACCAAUCUAUGUCCACAGAACUUGCGCUACAGAUACAAAUUCAAUGAAGUUCGUUCUCAGUGCUGUUGCUGAUAUGAUUACUCAACAAAAUUUGAAAAAGAGCGGAAUCAUGUAA